AGGCAGCGACGGGGGAGUGUGCACCUGCCACCAGUCAAGCUCAGCCAGAUUGCCAGACAGGCAUAGCAGCCCAGGGAGCCAGUGAACCAUGGACAAGUUGAAGUGCCCAAGCUUCUUCAAGUGCAGAGGGAAGGAGAAAGUGACGGCUUCAUCUGAGAAUUUCCAUAUUGGUGAAAAUGAUGAGAAUCAGGACCGUGGUAACUGGUCCAAAAAAUCGGAUUAUCUUUUAUCUAUGGUUGGAUAUGCAGUGGGAUUAGGGAAUGUGUGGAGAUUCCCAUAUUUGACCUACAACAAUGGCGGAGGUGCCUUCUUGAUACCUUACGCGAUUAUGCUAGGACUGGCAGGUUUACCUUUGUUCUUCCUAGAGUGUUCACUGGGACAAUUUGCUAGCUUAGGUCCAGUUUCAGUCUGGAGGAUUCUACCAUUGUUUCAAGGUGUGGGGAUUACGAUGGUCCUGAUAUCCAUUUUUGUGACAAUCUAUUAUAAUGUCAUAAUUGCCUAUAGUCUUUACUACAUGUUUGCUUCUUUUCAACGUGAAUUACCAUGGAAAAAUUGUUCUUAUUGGGCAGAUGAAAACUGUAGCAGAUCGCCUAUAGUGACACAUUGUAAUGUGAGUAUAAAGCUAGGUGAAAUCGUCCAAGUGAAUAAAAGCUGGGUAGAUGCCAACAAUUUUACCUGCCUCAAUGGAAGUGAAGUUUAUCAGCCAGGGCAGCUUCCCAGUGAACAAUAUUGGAAUAAAGUGGCACUCCAACGGUCAAGUGGAUUAGAUGAGACUGGAGUCAUCGUGUGGUAUUUAGCACUUUGUCUUCUUCUGGCUUGGCUUAUAGUCGGAGCAGCCCUAUUUAAAGGAAUCAAGUCUUCUGGCAAGGUGGUAUAUUUUACAGCUCUUUUCCCCUAUGUUGUCUUACUAAUCCUGCUGAUCCGAGGGGCAACUCUGGACGGUGCAUCAAAAGGCAUUUCAUACUAUAUUGGAGCACAGUCAAAUUUUACAAAACUUAGGGAAGCUGAGGUUUGGAAAGAUGCUGCCACUCAGAUAUUUUAUUCCCUGUCAGUGGCUUGGGGUGGUUUAGUUGCUCUAUCAUCUUACAAUAAGUUCAAUAACAACUGCUUCUCAGAUGCCAUUGUAGUUUGUUUGACAAAUUGCCUCACUAGUGUGUUCGCUGGAUUUGCUAUUUUUUCUAUAUUGGGGCACAUGGCUCAUAUAUCUGGAAAGGAAGUCUCUCAAGUUGUAAAAUCAGGUUUUGAUUUGGCAUUCAUUGCUUAUCCAGAAGCUCUAGCUCAACUCCCAGGUGGGCCAUUUUGGUCCAUAUUAUUUUUCUUCAUGCUUUUAACUUUGGGCCUUGACUCUCAGUUUGCUUCCAUUGAAACGAUUACAACAACGAUUCAAGAUUUAUUUCCCAAAUUGAUGAAGAAAAUGAGGGUUCCCAUAACUUUGGGUUGCUGCUUGGUUUUGUUUCUCCUUGGCCUCGUCUGUGUGACUCAGGCUGGAAUUUACUGGGUUAAUCUGAUUGACCACUUCUGUGCUGGAUGGGGCAUUUUGAUUGCGGCUAUACUGGAACUAAUAGGAAUCAUCUGGAUUUAUGGAGGGAACAGAUUCAUUAAAGAUAUAGAAAUGAUGAUUGGAGCAAAAAGGUGGAUAUUCUGGCUAUGGUGGAGAGCUUGCUGGUUUGUCAUUACGCCUGUCCUUUUGAUGGCAAUCUUGAUCUGGUCAUUGGUACAAUUUCGUAGACCUGAUUAUGGCAAAAUUCCAUACCCUGACUGGGGAGUUGCUGUAGGCUGGUGUAUGAUUAUUUUCUGCAUUAUUUGGAUUCCAAUUAUGGCUAUCAUAAAAAUAAUUCAAGCUGAAGGAAACAUCUUUCAACGUAUUGUAAGCUGCUGCAGACCAGCUUCUAACUGGGGGCCAUACCUGGAAAAACACCGUGGGGAAAGAUAUAAAAACAUGGUAGAUCCUAAAAAAGAGACUGACCAUGAAAUACCUACUGUUAGUGGUAGUGGAAAACCAGAAUGAGAUCUAGUUCUUAAAAAUAUGUGGUUGUGUAAUGUGAUUAUUUUAGAAUAGAGAAAAUUUUUAUUUAUUUGUAUGUUGAAUAGAAAAAUGUAUAUACUAGGUUCAUAAUAGUAUGAUGAGCUUUUUUCCCCAUUUAAGCAGGAAUGUAAUAUAAAAAUGUGAAUAUACUAAUGUUUAGCAAUGUUAUUAUCAUAUUUCUUUUAAGAUUAUCUGUUAACACGCACAUAGCUGCCUCUAUUUCACAAUAACAUUUUUGUAAAUAUUACUGUAAUAUUUUUCUAAUAUACUGAAGGCUUUAUUUUGAGCUGGUUAUUUAGAAAAUAGUUAUAUUUUCUAUUAUUCAAGUUUUUAAAUAUUAUUUGCUUAUGUUUUCUUAGUACACAAUCUUUCUUUUCCAUAAAACUGGGGAAAAUAAAUCAAUAUAUUUAAAAGA